GGAGGGUGGUGGCGGGGCUGCGGCGGGGCCGCUGUUGGUGUUGGGCGUCGGAGGCAGCUGUGGCUGCGGCGGUACUGCAUUCCCGCUCCGGUCUGAGAGGUAGGAUUGCAGCUAUAUGACAGCACACCCAGUUUUAUGGCUAGUGAUCGAACCCAGGACUUCCUGCAUCCUGAGCAAGCACCAUACCAGCUGAACCAGAUCCCUAACAUGAGCAUAUCAAUUUGAUGGUACCUUUGCCAGGAAGAGCUAAAGAUGGCUGAAUUUCUGGAUGACCAGGAAACACAGUUAUGUGACAACUGCAAAAAAGAAAUCCCUGUGUUUAAUUUUACCAUCCAUGAAAUCCACUGUCAAAGGAACAUUGGUGUGUGCCCUGUCUGCAAGGAACCAUUCCCGAAAUCUGACAUGGACAUUCAUGUGGCCACAGAGCACUGUCAGGUGACUUGCAAAUGUAACAAGAAGUUCGAGAAGAGGCUUUUAAAGAAGCAUGAGGAGACUGAGUGCCCUCUGCGACUUGCUCUCUGUCAGCACUGUGAUUUGGAGCUUUCUGUUCUCAAACUGAAGGAGCAUGAAGAUUACUGUGGUGCUCGGACAGAGCUGUGUGGCAACUGUGGGCGCAAUGUGCUUGUGAAAGAUCUGAAAACUCACCCUGAAGUUUGUGGGAGAGUAGAGGAGGAAAAGAAAAAUGAGGCUUCUCCUAAUGCAUAUGAUGAAUCUUGGAGUCAGGAUGGAAUCUGGAUUGCAUCCCAACUACUCAGACAAAUUGAGACUCUGGACCCACCUAUGAGGCUCCCUGGAAGGCCCCUGAGAGCUGUUGAAUCAGACCAUUUCCACAAUAGGACUGCUAGCCAGAGGAACAUGACAGCCCAUUUUCCAGUUCAGAAUAAUCUGUUUGAAGAACAAGAAAGGCAGGAAAGGAAUAGAAGCCAACAGCCUCUGAAAGAGAGUGGAGAAAAUACUGCAAACUUAGACUUCAUGUUGGCCCUGAGUCUGCAGAAUGAGGGCCAGGCUUCUAGCACGGCAGAGCAGAGCUUCUGGAGGGCUGUGUGUGAGGCAGAUCCAGCUCAUGGUGGGCCCUCUUCUCUGAGUGAAAUAAAGGGUGCAGCUGAUGAAACUAUGCUGCCUUGUGAGUUCUGUGAGGAGCUGUACCCAGUGGAGCUGCUCAUUGACCAUCAGACAAGCUGUAACCCUUCACGUGCCUUACCUUCAUUGAACACUGGCAGCUCUUCCAUCAGGGGGAUGGAAGAUCCUGGUGUCCUCUUCCAGAACUUUCUACAGCAGGCUACAAGUAACCAGUUAGGGUCUUUAAUGGGCCUGAACAAUUCACCCUCUGUGGAAGACAGCAUCAUCAUCCCCUGUGAAUUCUGUGGAGUUCAGCUGGAAGAAGAGGUGCUGUUCCACCAUCAGGACCAGUGUGACCAACGCCCAGCCACAGCGAACAACGAUAGGAUGGAGGGCAUUCCUAGGCAUGAUACCCAGCCUCAAGAGACCUCACCAGAGCUGCUCAGGAGGCGUGCCAAACACCAGGGCGACCUGUCUUCUGACUACAUGGAUGAUAUCAAGCAGGAAAUAGCAAAAGGAUCUACCUACUUGCUGCCUCCCAGCAGAACCAUGAACAAUAUGACUACCUGUAACCGACUAUUGAAAUCACCAUCAGGCCUGAGAUCAGAGUGCCAGCCCAGCCAUCCUCAUGUGCUGAAACUCAAUAGCUCGGAUAACCAGGACAUUUGGGGGCAGAGUAGGGGCAGCCAGAAUGGGCCCAUGGCCUCUGGGCAUGUUCCAGUAAGCCACUCUGUUCGAAAUCUCUAUCCAGAAAACCUUGUGCCCUCUUUUCCCCAUGGGCCCACAGGGAGAUACGGAGCCAGUGGCAGGAGUGAAGGUGGCAGGAGCUCCCGGGUCAUCCCUGCAGCUGCCAGUUACCACAACAGAGCUGCAAAGGCAAAGCCUCCAAAGCAGCAGGAAGCCGGGGAUGCAGAGGAGGAAGAGGAGGAGUAGUGGUGACUGUGGAGGACCCUCAAUGGUCCCUACCCUCUAUGCAUAGCAGCACUUGCUGGUGCAGGGCCUGCUUGCCUCUCACACUCUUCAGGCAGGGGAGACCCUCCAAUUUUCAUUUUUUUCUAGGUUAUGGCCAUUUUAUGUCUUUGAGAUUGUGCUGUGGGUGUUUGGGUUUGAGGGAGGGCUAGGAGGGAGGCUGGUGGGAAAUGUUUCAGCCCUCGCUGCUAUUGUUGGCCAGCAGUGAGAUCCAGUACAGUAGUGGCCCUCGGCCCACCAGGGCUCCAUCCUUAGAUACUGUCAGCAUUGCUUCUUGGUGCUUUGUGGUCCUGGUGGAAGGAGAGGGUUCUGGAAAACUGGUAGCUGCCGGUGAAGCGAUUUUCUUCCCUCUGAGAGCCUCAACUUGGGUUUUGGGUAUCCCCCUGCAUUCCUGCCCUCUUCAACCUCUGGACUAGUGAGUGGAGCAGCUCUAAACUCUGCUGGUUUCAGUGUGUUGGGAACAUGUCCAGCGGGAGGUAUGUGGACUAGAGGUCCUCUCAGUGUGUAGUGUCACUCACUGCCCUCUGUUCCUGAUGGGAAACAUGGCUGCUUUGUUUUCACUGCCCUCAUUUAAAGGCUAAGACAGGCUGCCCCCACUAGGGCCACACCGAGCCUAUUCCUGUAAGGACUGAGGCUCCAGCCCCUUCCCUUUUUAUUUUAACUGUUCUAAUUAUCAACUUCCUUAGAAAUAAAAAAUUUGUACUUAGAGCUCA